AGAGAGAAAAAGAGAGAAAGAAAGGCGUCCGCACUCCCAACAAAACAGGAUUAAUUCGAUAGUGGGAUGAGGAAGAUAUCUCCUUCCUUCUUCAGUGUUAAGGCCCAAGGAGAACUGGGCUCCCAUCUGCCUCGCUGAGAGAAGGCGAAAGCCUGCUCGGGGAGCUGGACCUCAGUGUCCCUUGCGUCUCCGUCGUGCACCAGAAGCAUGGGAUGCUGCUGUAGUUUGGAUUGGGAUGAGGGCUGGGAGGAAGGAGACCUGGAGAUCUGCCAGACCUGCCACUACCCCAUCGAGCCGGGCACCAAGCCCCAGAGGCCGGCUUUGAACGGCUCCGAGUUUUACAACCCUCUUUUGUCUCCCGAUGGAAUGACGCCUCCUCCCAGUUCACCUCUUCAAGAUAAACUGGUGGUUGCCUUGUAUGAUUAUGACUCGACCCACGAAGGUGACCUCGUGCUCCGAACGGGAGAACAGCUGCGGGUCCUGGAAGAGUCUGGGGAGUGGUGGAAGGCCCAAUCGCUGACCACGGGGAGAGUGGGCUACAUCCCGUCCAACUUCGUGGCCAAGCUCAACAGUCUGGAGCAAGAGCCCUGGUUUUUCAAAGCGCUGAGCAGGAAGGAUGCCGAGCGACAGCUCCUGACCGCGGGCAACACACACGGGGCCUUCCUCAUCCGGGAAAGCGAAUCCACCAAAGGCUCCUUCAGCCUCUCCGUCCGGGACUUUGACCAGGACCAAGGGGAAGUGGUGAAGCACUACAAGAUCCGCAACAUGGACAACGGCGGCUUCUACAUCUCCCCGCGCAUCACCUUCGACAGCCUCCACAACCUGGUGGAGCAUUAUAUGCGAAACACCGACGGCCUUUGCACCCGGCUGGGCAAACCCUGCCAGACCCAGAAGCCCCAAAAGCCUUGGUGGCAGGACGAAUGGGAAGUGCCCCGGGAAAACCUCAAACUGGAGGAGAAGCUGGGAGCGGGGCAAUUCGGAGAAGUCUGGAAAGGGAUGUACAACGGCCACACCAAGGUGGCCAUCAAGAGCCUGAAGCAGGGCAGCAUGUCCCCCGAAGCCUUCCUGGCAGAGGCCAACCUCAUGAAGAAGCUGCGUCACCCACGCCUGGUGCGCCUCUAUGCGGUGGUCACCCAGAGGCCCAUGUACAUCAUCACGGAGUUCAUGGAGAAAGGGAACUUGGUGGAUUUCCUUAAAGGCAGUGAAGGCAGCCGGCUGACCAUCUAUAAACUGCUGGACAUGUCAGCCCAGAUUGCAGAAGGCAUGGCUUUCCUGGAGAAGAAGAACUACAUCCAUCGGGAUCUGAGAGCUGCAAACAUCUUGGUGUCGGAGGCGAUUUGCUGCAAAAUUGCCGAUUUCGGAUUGGCCCGGCUCAUCGAGGAUGAUGAAUACACGGCUCAGGAAGGUGCCAAGUUCCCCAUUAAGUGGACAGCUCCAGAGGCCAUCAAUUACGGGACAUUCACCAUCAAAUCUGAUGUCUGGUCCUUUGGGAUCCUGCUGACCGAAAUCAUCACCUAUGGCCGGAUUCCUUAUCCAGGGAUGAGCAACCCGGAGGUCAUCCAGAACCUGGAGCGGGGCUACCGGAUGCCGCCCCCGGAGAACUGCCCGCCUGAGCUCUACCAGCUGAUGCUCCAGUGCUGGAAGGACAGCCCCGAGCAGCGGCCCACCUUUGAGUUCCUGAAAGGGGUCCUGGAGGACUUCUUCACGGCCACCGAAGGGCAGUACGAGCAGCAGGUCUGAGCAGGAGGAGCACCGCAUUGGAAAGAUGCUGAAUGGAACCCAUUUAUCUGGAACUCACAGCGGAGAAGAUCUUUCAGGGCAGGAAGCCCGUCUUCUUGGACCCGGGGUGCGUCUGCACUGUGGAAUGAAUGUGGUUUGACGCACAUUCACUGCCACGGCUCAGUGCUAAAGAGUCUUGGGACUUCUUGUUGGGUGAAAGAUUGGGUGCGUCUACACUGUAGAAUGAAUGCAGUUUGACCCCACUUAAAAUUGCCACAGCUCAACCUUACGAGGUCCUGGGAGUUGUAGUUUAGUGACGUACUAGUGUCACCAAGUUUCACUGCUUUUUUCCCUUCUUUCUCUUUCUUCUCUUUAUACCUCUCGCUGUUUCCCUCCUUCCUUCCUUCCUUCUUUUUCUUCUUUCUUUCCUUCCUUCCUUCCUUUCCUUCCUUCCUUCCUUUCCUUUUCUUCCUUCCUUCCUUCCUCCCUUCCUUCCUUUUCUUCUUCCUUCCUUCCUUCCUUCCUUCCUUCCUUCCUUCCUUCCUUCCUUCCUCUCUUUCCUUCCUUCCUUCCGUCCUUCCUUCCUUCCUUCCUCUCUUUCCUUCCUUCCUUCCUUCCUUCCUUCCUUCCUUCCUUCCUUCCUUCCUUCCUCUCUUUCCUUCCUUCCUUCCUUCCAUCCUUCCUUCCUUCCUUCCUUCCUUCCUCUCUUUCCUUCCUUCCUUCCUUCCUUCCUUCCUUCCUUCCUUCCUUCCUUCCUUCCUUCCUCUCUUUUCUUCCUUCCUUCCGUCCUUCCUUCCUCUCUUUCCUUCCUUCCUUCCUUCCUUCCUUCCUUCCUUCCUUCCUUCCUUCCUUCCUUCCUUCCUUCCUCUCUUUCCUUCCUUCCUUCCUUCCUUCCUUCCUUCCUUCCUUCCUUCCUUCCUUCCUUCCUUCCUUCCUUCCUUCCUUCCUCUCUUUCCUUCCUUCCUUCCUUCCUUCCUUCCUUCCUUCCUUCCUUCCUUCCUUCCUUCCUUCCUUCCUUCCUUCCUCUCUUUCCUUCCUUCCUUCCUCUCUUUCCUUCCUUUCUUCCUCUCUUUCCUUUCUUCCUCUCUUUCUUUCCUUCCUUCCUUCCUUCCUUCCUUCCUUCCUUCCUUCCUUCCUUCCUUCUCUUUCCUUCCUUCCUUCCUUCCUUCCUUCCUUCCUUCCUUCCUUCCUUCCUUCCUUCCUUCCUUCCUUCCUUCCUUCCUUCCUUCCUUCCUUUCUUUCUUUCUUUCUUUCUUUCUUUCUUUCUUUCUUUCUUUCCUUCCUUUUCUCCCCUUCCUUGAUUCUCUUCCCCCUCUUUUCUUUUUCUCUUAUUUUCUUUCUCCUCCCUCCCUUCUCCUUUCCUUUGCUUGUUCUUUCUUUCUUGCCUUUCUUUUCCUUCUUCUUUUUUCCCCCUCCCUUCCUUUGCUUCUCCUUUUUUCUCUUCUUUCCUUUUUCUCUUCUUUCCUUUUUCUCUCCCUCCCUCCCUUUCCUUUCCUUUUUUCUCUUCCUUCCUUUCUUUUGACCCCUCCCCCGGGUUCCGUCCCCCUUCCCUUCUUUUUCCCUUCCUUCAUUUUUUUCUUCCCCUCCCUCUCUUCUACUUUCUUUUAUUUUCUCAUGUUAGACAACAAAUUUGACAGAAAAAGUAGUUCUAUACGGAGUAAUGCUAUGUAGUAAUUACUGUAUUUAUGAAUUUAGCACCAAAAUAUCACGAUAUAUUGAAAACAUUGACAUUGAAAACAUUGAAAAAUGGCUUGGAUAAUCCAGAACCUUGAAUAAGCGAGGCUUGGAUAAGUGAGACUCUACUGUAUAUAUAUUCUUGGUGUCUUCGUUUUUAGGCCUGUUCCUGGGGUUAUUUGGGGUGCUGAGUCAGAAAAUUGCAUUGGAUAGACCACAUUCACUCUAGAUUUUUAAAUAAGGUUUUCUGUGGGUGAGUAGCUCCCAGUGGCGCAGCGUGUUAAAGCGCUGAGCUGCUGAACUUGCAGACCGAAAGGUCCCAGGUUUGAAUCCGGGGAGGGGGUGAGCUCCCGCCAUUAGCUCCAGCUUCUGCCAACCUAGCAGUUUGAAAUCAUGCAAAUGUGAGAUCAAUAGGUACAGCUCCAGCUGGAAGAUAACAGCUCUCCAUGCAGUCAUGCUGGCCACAUGACCUUGGAGGUGUCUAUGGACAACGCCGGCUCUUUGGCUUAGGAAUGGAGAUGAGCACCAAUUCCCAGAGCCGGACACAACUGGAUUUAAUGUCAGGGGAAAAUCUUUACCUUUCUGUUGGGUGAGCAGAUGGCGACUACUGGAUCAGAAACUAGAGCUGAUGUGGUCUAUCCAAUGCAAUUUUCUGAAUCAGCACCCCAAACAAUCAAACCGAAUCUAAAGUUGACUAAAAACUGAUUCAUAACCUUUUUGGUACUAAUGUUGGAGAGUGGUCCCUGGUCAAAAAAAGGUUGGGAACCACUGGUAUAGAAGCCACUUUUCUUUACCAGUGCUCACAAAGGGACACUUCACCUAGCAGCAGCCAAUCCAGUGACAUCACAGGAGGCCACUUCACCCAGCAUGCAAACAAACAUACAUAGCUACAUACUUUGACUUUUAUAUACAUGGACUGGAUACGUCUACACUGAAUGAAUGCACUGUGACUCUAGUCUACAUUCCAAGGAUUUUAUUGUAUAUUUUCCUAUUCAAAUGUCUUAUUUUUGUCAAAUUUGUUACACUUUUUGAAAAAGUAAUAAAAUAUGAAUUAUU